CUUCAACUUCUUUUGCUCACACAGGGAGGAAGAGGGUUCCCAUGGCAUGGCGCCAUUUGCAGCGGUGGCUUGAGGCCAACCCGGUCGUGAAGCGAAGCGCCAUCAUUGCAGCGAAAGGCGUUGUCGGCGCCUCUGCUGGCGCCGUGGGCUUGGCGUUGGGCCUCCGAGAGGCGAAGAGAACGCUGCAAUACGAAACCCCUGUUGAUGUGUGGAGGGAGGCCUCUUUGGAUGUCAGAAGCUCGGGGGCAUCAAGUUCUGCAGCUUCGGCUUUGGCAUCUGUUCGCAGUGUAUGUGCACGAAACCAAAUCCAGGAAGAAGACUUUUGGGCUGCAGCCAAAAGGCUAAGACCUGUGGAGCAGCAGCUGGAGGAACUUCAUGCUUUGGGAUUGCCGAAGGACAAGCUCCAUGCCAGAGAGGAUGAAUUGGCAGCAAAGUGGAAGGAGAAAGGCUACUUUGACCCCAAGCGUCUUGCGAUCGAUCGAGCUACUCUCUUCGGUCGUCGACUGACCAGUGAUGCACAAGGAGUUGACAUUGGAUUGCUGGUUCCACCAUAUUUGCCACUCCAUGGAAAGACUACAGUGACUACAGGCUCUGUCGAUGCUCCUGCUACAUCACCAGUGAGUUGGAGCCAGGACAUGCUGCAGCAAAGUGAGAAGGCUUUGGACACAUGGGGCUUCGUGCUACUGCGUGGCUUAUUGACUCCGGAGGACGUGCAGUCGCUUCGCUGUGCGUUGGGCCUCGAUUGCAAAGACAAGAGGGCUCCGCCACGCCGGGCAGCUGAAGUUGGCCUUUGGCAGCAACAGCAAGAUCCGAACGUCUCCAUGGGUCGCUACACCUAUGGCCGGCUUCAUCUCCUGCUUCGAGGAUCACCUCAGUACGAGAUGGACGCCGUGUCACCUCAUGCUUCAGUGGCACCCUUGGUUCACAAGCACUUUGAGAUUCAGGACAUGGCUGGUAACCCCAUCUUCCUGUCAGAAGCACAGCUCGUCAUUGCAGAUCCGUGUGCCGAAACUCAACAAUGGCAUAUUGAGUCUGCUACUGGCAAAGGACUCUCCAUUUUUAUUCCCUUGGGAAACGUUGCGCUGGACCGGGGGCUGCAAGAGCUGUUGCCUGGCACGCAUGUUCUUCAUGAUCCUCGCCAUGGGCUCCGCGACCGGUGGCGGCGAUGUCUUCGAAGCCUUUGUGCGACGCAUGGUGGUGUCUUAGCGAUGACCGACAACGUUUGGUCUGCUGGAGAUGCCCUGGUGCUGGAUUCCGGUACCUUGCAUAGAGGCUUGGCCAACGACAGCUUGGGGGCUCCAGUCCCAGUUCUUGUUUUGCGCUAUGACCCGAAGGAUCGGCCGGCACCAGGCUGUCGACGGUCUUGGCUGCUUACAAUGACGCGGAUGGGCCAAUGUUUAUCCAAUGUGUUCCAUCUCUACUCGUGGAUGUGAAUGCAAAAUGUGCGUCACGACUGCUGCUGGGCGAAUUGGUGCAAAUCCAAAUCCAUAGAGAUGGGGCCCGCACUGUCACUGUUUCUGUUUUUAAAUGUACUGGUGCCAGUUGGUUUGGGUGCUUCAGUCAGUUUUCUUUGGGAUUUUGUGGACGUGCACUGCAGCCGUAGCUGGCUCUAUGAAACGGAGUCCUUCCUGGACUUGGGGAGCAUGAACCAAUCCAGCAAGGAGACGCCGCAGUACCAAACGCUGAAGCGAAUCCAAAAGAAAUUCCUAGUCCGCGCAAACGAAUCCUUGACGAAGAUUAUUCCCGGAACUGGCGUUCGCCCUGCCAGUCAGAUCAGACGCCUCGAAAAGCAGCUCAAGGAGAAGCGAGAAGAGUUGGGAAAGCUGGCAGAGCAGGAGCUGUUGAGCCACAUGGCCAUGGCUGGGGCCAGGAAAAAGGCGGCUGAACAGCAAGAGGUGGCCAACAAGCGGGCAAAGAUGGCAGAAGAGAUAAAAGAGAUGGAAAGGCAGCUGAAUGAAUUGGAAUUGCGGUGAGCAACCGACCAUCGCAGGGCUUCAGUGAGAAUCGGUGAGAACUGGUUAUUGGCCUUGACCUUCUGCAAGACUGCAUCUUGGUCAUGCGGCCUUUUGUGCAACCUGGAGAUUUUGGGGUGUGAGGGUGCCCCACUCUUCCCACAGACGUGGUGCAGAUUGCAGUAAUCUCCAGCACAGCGUGAUGCAACUUGCCAGAAGGCAUUGCCAAAAGCAUCCAUCGGGUUUGCUUCCAUUUGUGUAGAAGGAGAUUGCACUUUAGGUGCAGGUUGCAUGUGAAAAACACUUGCUGCUUGCGUGCCGUCAAAAUUUUAUGCAUGGUGAGCUGGUGAUCCUGAUUGAUCCUUGC